AUGAGAAAUGCCGGCGUGCUGGAAGUGCUGGAGAAGCAGCUGUCGACCAAAGAGAUACUGAAGUGGAGUCCAUUGCGCUUCGCCGAAGAAACUCAUGCUUGGGGAUGGGUGGAAAUUCUGCUGCAAGGAGGCUUACCUCGGAAACACCUGGAAGUUACGAGAGCCAAGUUGAGUGACCCCGAGCACGCCGCCGGCAUCAUGGAGCAGCUGUGCGAGUGCGGACACCUGCAGCUGCUGCAGUUCGCCCUCUCCGUGGACCCGGCCCUGGCGAACGUCACGCUGCAGGGGGGCGGCCGCAGCCCGCUGCAGGUGGCGGCGGCGCGCCGGCGCGACGCGGCGGUGCGGCUGCUGGUGGAGGCGGGGGCCGACGUGGGCGCCAGGGACGGCCGCGGCCGCACCGCGCUGCACGCCGCCGUGGCGCACGGCGCCGUCGACGCCACGCGCAUCCUGCUGCACGCCGGCGCCGACGCCUGGGCGCGCGACGCCGACGGCAGGACGGCGCGCGAGCUGGCGCGCAGGAACGAGCAGGUGGCGACGGUGCAGGUGCUCGAGGAGCUGGCCGGCGACGUGCACUGGCCGCUGCGGCGCCUCAUCCUGGCGGCCGAGGCCUCCAACGUGGCCGCGGUGCGCCAGCUGCUGGCCGCCAGGCGCGGGCCUCCGAAGGGCAGGUGGACGCACCUGCACUGGGCGUCGCUCAAGGGUAGCGCCACGGUUGUCAGGACGCUGGUGGCCGCCGGGAUGGACCCCGACGCGCGCGACCGCCACGGAAACACUCCGCUGCACGCGGCGGCGGCGCGGGGCCGGCCAGAGGUAGUGCAGGCGCUGGUGGAGGCGGGGGCCACGCUCGACGCGGCCGACGCCACGGGCUCGACGGCGCUGCACUACGCCGUGCGCACCGGCAACGUGGCGGCUGCGCGGCUGCUGCUGGCCGCCGGCGCCGACACCGAGGUGCGCGACGGCGACGGCGACACCGCGCUGCACCGCGCCGUCUCCAGGGGCUCGCUGGACGCCGUCAGCGCGCUGCUGCACGCCGGCGCGCGCCGCGACGCCGCCGACGCCGACGGCCGCACGCCCUACGACGUGGCGCGCCUCUUCGGCUACACCGACAUGCUCCGCUUCCUGCGCCUCUCCCCCUGA